GAGAGAACACAGGAAGACUAAUAACAGUAACAACCACUCGAUCCCUGGUUGUCUUCGAGAGCGCGGAGAGAGAGGGGGGGUCUGAAGAGCGAGUCUAGAGAGAGAAAGAGCGCGAUCUCAACGGCAACGCCAACGGUGUAGAGAGAGGGAGAGACAAGAAAUGGGUACGCUGCAGACUUGGCGGAAAGCCUAUGGCGCUCUUAAAGAUCAGACCAAAGUCGGCCUUGCCCACGUCAAUAGCGAUUUCAAGGAUGUGGAUGUUGCGAUCGUUAAAGCUACCAAUCAUGUUGAGUGCCCACCCAAAGAGAGACACCUCAGAAAAAUUUUUGCUGCCACGUCUGCAAUUCGGCCUCGGGCAGAUGUUGCAUACUGCAUACAUGCGCUUGCAAGGAGAUUGGCCAAGACCCAUAAUUGGACGGUAGCAUUGAAAACACUGAUAGUUAUGCAUAGGACAUUGAGAGAGGGAGAUCCCACUUUUAGGGAAGAACUUCUGAAUUUCCAACAGAGGGGACGUAUUCUCCAAUUAUCAAAUUUCAAGGAUGAUUCAAGCGCUAUUGCUUGGGAUUGCUCCGCCUGGGUACGUUCAUAUGGUUUGUUUGUGGAAGAACGUCUUGAAUGCUUCAGGAUUCUAAAGUAUGACAUUGAAGCUGAACGUCUUCCAAGACCCACCCAAGGGCAAGAGAAGGGCUACAGCAAAACCAGGGAGUUGAACAGUGAAGAACUGUUGGAGCAGCUGCCUGCAUUGCAGCAGCUGCUAUAUCGUCUUGUUGGUUGUCGGCCUGAAGGAGCAGCUGUUGGCAAUUAUGUGAUACAGUAUGCCUUGGCUCUGGUACUCAAAGAGAGCUUUAAAAUUUAUUGCUCUAUCAACGAUGGAAUCAUCAAUCUUGUGGAUAAGUUCUUCGAGAUGCCCAGGCAUGAAGCUAUUAAUGCUCUGGAUAUUUAUAAAAGAGCUGGCCAGCAGGCUGGGAGCCUUUCUGAUUUUUAUGAAGUUUGCAAAGGGUUGGAACUUGCUAGAAAUUUCCAGUUUCCUGUUUUGAGAGAGCCUCCACAGUCCUUUCUUGUGACUAUGGAAGAGUACAUAAGAGAGGCACCGCGGAUGGUUUCUGUUUCAAGAGAGACAUUGGAAUAUCCAGAGAGACUUCAAUUGACGUACAAAUCAGAAGAAACUCCUUUACCUUCUGAAGAAUCACAACUGUCUGAUGAUGAACCUAAGCCACUGCCUUCAGAUGAUGAUGUUGUCCCAAAUGACAAGGUUCCUGCCCCAUCCCCACCUCCUCCAAACAACUUGGACUCUGAUGAUCUGCUGGGAUUAAAUGUCAUCACAACUGAUGCAUCUGCAAUCGAGGAAAGCAAUGCUUUGGCUCUUGCCAUAGUUCCAUCUGAUAUAACAUCUGGUACUGCUCAAGCAAAUGAUUUUGAUCCUACUGGAUGGGAACUUGCACUGGUCACCACUCCCAGCAGCAACAUUUCUUCUGUUCAGGAAAGGCAAUUGGCUGGUGGAUUGGAUACUCUCACGUUGAGUAGUUUGUAUGACGAAGGGGCAUAUAGAGCCUCACAGCAGCCAGUCUAUGGUGCACCCGCCCCAAACCCGUUUGAAGUACCAGAUCCCUUUGCUUUGUCAAACAACGUAGCUCCUCCUCCAGCAGUGCAGAUGGCUCAACAGCAGCCCAAUCCAUUUGCACCAUACCAACCUGCCUAUACACAACCCCACCAGCAACAACAGCCCUGGAUGAUGGGCACGCAAAAUCCUUUCAUUGAUUCAGGAUUUGGAGCAUUUCCUGUCAACUCUGUUACGCAUCCACAAACAAGCAAUCCAUUUGGGAGCACUGGCCUACUAUAGAAACCUGGAAUGUAUACAGUGUAAUUUGCUCGGCUUAGUUGAUUUUUGAUGUAUUUUAAUGUGGGUGAAGAAGCAGUGCUGAGUUUGUGUAUUCCAUCCACAUGAUAGAUGAUUUUCCAGUGUGAAUCACAUAUUUGUUUGAGUUGAAAAAAUUUGUAAUUGGAUACUAUAGUCAUUGUAAUACUCGACUUUUUUUUCAAUGAAGAUGUUUGAUGGUUUAUACCAUAGUCAUUGUAAUGUGCAUCAUCUAAUGUGUUUUAUAUAAGCACAUAUAAG